AUGAGUCACUUAAGUAGUGGUCGUUUGAAUGUGCAUCACAUGAAAGAGUUGGCAAAACAUGAAUUACUUGAAUGUCUGGACAAAUGUGUGGGAAGUAAAGCCAUCGUAUGGGACCACGAAUUGGUGCCAAUCUUGGGAUUAGUUGCCGAUUAUCUGGUCCUCAAAGAGCAUCAAGUGAUCCAAAUGUUUGAGUUAAGACCCGGAAGACUGCCGGCCAUGACUGCCAAACAUGUGAUAUAUUUGACGCGAACUAAACUGUCACUUAUGGACACAAUUGGAGAUAAUAUGUUGAAUGAGGACAAGAAGAUGGUGUCCAACAAAGAGUUUCACAUAAUAUUUGUUCCGCGAAGAAGUAUUCUCUGCGAACGUAAGCUUCAAGUGUUGGGAGUUUACGGAAACUUCUCGACAAUCAGUGAAUAUGGGGUCGAGUUGUUGGCGCUCGACAGCGAUGUCUUGUCCAUGGAGUGGGACAACAGCUUCACUGAGAUCUAUAUCGACAACGACUACACAGCGCUCUUCCAUUCGGCCAAAGCUCUCAUGACUUUGCAAACCCUUUACGGCGUUAUUCCCAAUGUCUUCGGAUUAGGAAAGUCUGCGAAAGUGGUCUUCGAUUUGAUGAGCAAAAUGAGGAAAGAGUUGUCUUCUACUGAACCACAGAUCACACCACAAAUCGAUGAGUUAUUACUUAUCGACAGAUCUGUCGACUUAUUGACACCUCUGAUGACACAAACCACUUAUGAGGGACUCUUAGACGAGAUUUUCGGAAUAAGUCACACGACUAUCAAAGUUCCGCCCGAGAAGUUCGUUCACCAGAACUCGUCCACUGAUGGCCAGUCGUGUGAUGAGACAGUGGAGGCGCCCACUGAAGCCAAACAGUUUCAUCUCAACUCUUCAGAGGAGCUGUUCGUCAAACUGCGAGACAUUAGUUACAAGAGUAUUGGUCCCACUCUUCGGACGAGCGCCAAAACACUGUCCCAACAGUUUGAUGAAAGACAUACCGCCAAAACCGUUCGUGAGAUCCGCCAAUUCGUCGACAAACUGCCAGCCCUUCAAACGGCCCGCAAAUCGCAGUCAAAUCACACGUCAUUGGCUGAACUGAUCAAAGAAGUGACAGAUGAAGAGUCCUUCUAUGAGACCAUUCAUACGGAGCAGUCGUUUGUCAAUUGCGAAGACACCGACAAAUCCAAUCCAUAUAUCGAAGACUGCAUCGCAAGAGUGGAUCCUUUAGUUAAGAUUUUACGACUCAUUUGUAUUCAGUGUUUCACUAAUAAUGGCUUAAAGUCUAAAGUCCUUGAGUUCUAUAAGAGAGAAGUGUUGCAGACGUAUGGCUAUCAACACGUCCUGACAUUCAAUAACUUAGAAAAAGUCGGUUUAAUUCGCAUUUCUGGCGGUUAUUCUCACAGAGUUUACAACGUCUUGAGGAAGACAUUGAGACUUACGGUACGAGAUAUUAAUGAAGUGAAUCCCACAGACAUUGCGUACGUCCACAGCGGUUACGCACCACUCAGUGUACGACUGGCCCAAUACCUGGACCACCCGGGCUGGCGGGCCAUCACAGAUGUACUGAAAACACUUCCCGAACCCACUAUUGAGGAAACCCAAGAGAUCGCUGCCGGUCUUCGCAAGAGACGAAACUCCGGCGCUUCCAUUCAGACGGGACUUCUCGACGACCAGAAACUCAUAGUCGUCUUCUUCCUGGGCGGCUGUACGUACACCGAGAUCUCUGGCCUCCGCUUUCUCUCGCAAAAGGAGGGCUUUAACGCCGACUUUGUUAUCGUCACUACAAAUAUAAUUAACGGCAAAACAUUUCUACAGUCAUUGAGUGGUCAGUCCUUAAACUAA